AUGAGUUCCAUUGACACGUCCUACAACCCACUCCCCGGCACGGAGCGCGCCUCAGCCGAGUCACCGCCCUCUUCCGGAUGGGCCUACGCGCCAGGGACAGCGGAAACCAAGCCCCAUCCGGCCUACAAGGAAACCCCGCUCGCCCGCACGUCUUGGCAGCAGCAGCAGCCAUGGGCCACGUCGCUGCUGGGGUGGCUGCCGGAGCUCCUCUGGUGCGCCGUGAGCGUCGCCUCGGUCGCCGCCCUCGCCGGGGUCCUGAGCCGAUUCGACAACCAGCCGUUGCCGCGGUGGCCGCUCGGACUGACGCUCAACACCCUGAUCGCUUUCCUCGCGACCCUGGCGCGGGCCUCCUUCAUCAUCCCCGUCUCCGAGAGCGUUUCGCAGCUGAAGUGGCUCUGGUACCGCGACGCGCCGCGGCCCCUGAAGGACUUUCAGGACUUUGACGCGGCCAGCCGGGGGGCGUGGGGGAGUUUGCAGCUGUUGAAGACGACGAGGGGCUGGUCUCCCAGUGUCAUCUCGAUGGUGGUCCUCGUCUCGGCCAUCUUCACCUCGACUUUGACGCAGUCCGUGGUAACGUAUCCGGUCCGCCUCACGCCUGUCGAGGGGACCGCCGUCGUGUCCCGCUCGACUUCGUUUUACUUCAGCACCGCCAACGUCUUCGCGGGUGGUAAGGCCCAUCUUCUCCGCCUCGACGGACUCUUGUCGCUGACCCGGCUUCUUCCAGUCACCCAGCAGCACUACACUCAGCAGUCCAUCUUCGAGGGCCUGAGCUACAGCCACACGCAGGAGUUCCCACUCAGCCCGGCACGCUGCCCCACGAGCGAAUGCAGGUGGGAUGCGUACAGCUCGCUGAGCGUCUGCGCCAAGUUCUGGAACGUCACCGACUCGCUCAACGUUACCGUCAAGAAGAGGCCCACACCGCCGUCGUCGGUCCUCGCCGAGCUCCCGAACGGGGUCUCCGCCAACCUGACCGGCAACUACCAGGGCAUGGUCGUCCUGCGAGGCACGAGCCGGCCCAUCGCCUCCGACGUCCACCCGGAGGCGUCCCUCCUCAACUUCACCGUCCUGUACUCACUGCGGAACAGCCCCACCGAGAGGGUCGGCGCCGCGGAGGCGGUGCUCUACUUAUGCGCCAAGACGUACGACCUCGCCUUCGUCGACAACGUCGAGUCCAGGACGGUAGCGGGCGUCACGACCGAUGUGGAGCUGGGGUCGGUGGCGCUGCCGGGAACGGAGAUGCGGCGCGAGCUGCCGGCCAUCAGAGACCCCCUCGGCGCCGGGAACUUUCCGUUUGGCGGAACGGGGCUCGCUGCGGUGACGGAGAGCCUGGCGUACGCACUCAACGGCUCGUACGCGGACUUGAGCGGCGACCCGAGCGCGCUCGGGCUGGCGCCGGCCCGGUACCUGGCCGCGCUGCAGUACGGGGCCGAGACGCUCGAGUCGCAGGGGCGGCCGAACGUCUCGCAGGAGACCGUCAUCAAUGAAUCGAUUGCAAACAUCACGAAUAACAUUGCGAGGAGCUUGUCGAACCGGAUUACCAAAGACGCCGCCACCAACAUCACGGGCGAGGCCCUGGCAGCCGAGACGUUCGUCCAGGUCCGGUGGCCCUGGCUUGCCUUCAUAUCCUCACAGGUGGCCCUCUCGAUCGUGUUGCUGGCCACCGCUAUCGUGGGGACCAAGCGGGCGGGACUUGGCGUGGUGAAGAGCUGCACGCUGCAGGCGUUUGUUGCCAUCAACUCCAAGGACAAGCAGGCACUGGAGAUCUCUCUGGCGCAGCAGCGGCACCAGCGCGAGGUCGACAGUAUCGUCGAGAGGGGGCUCGGGAUAGCCUGGCGGCUAGGCAUGACGGACCACGGUUGGAAGCUUGGCCUCUAG